AUGGAAGACGUGCAGAUGAUCGAUGUAUCAGAGCCUCCAGCUCGGAUGGCAACUCGUGGACAGAGAAUUAACUAUGCUGAACUAAACAGCUCCAGUAGUGUUGGAUUCAGCUCAGCAUCUAAUCAAUUCAGCACUUCCAUAAGUGAGUCAUUGGAAGCAGCUGGCAGUGACAGCAUUUUCCGCUCACCAACGGCUAGCACACGUGGUAGAAAACGAAGACCUACUUACGACGAAGCUUCGUCUAUAGCAUCAUGGACUAUUCCGAAGCGAGGCCGACCUCGCGGUGCUGGCCUAGCACGAGGUCCUCGUGGUGGUGGAGUCAGGCGAUCAAUCUUGGGAGAUCAGCAAGCCCAGUCGAUUGCGGAAAUAGAUGAGACGGGUUUGUUUGGAGCUGUCAAAACAGGAAGGAACCUAGAGCAAGCGAUCGACGAAUGGAUUGAAGAGUAUGAACGAAACCCUGACGCAGCUCUGGUAAAGCUUCAGCAGUUUUUCAUUUCUUGUUGUGGUUGUAAGGGAGUCAUCAAUGCUCAUAUGCUAAGCACUAUGGAGUACAGCGAAAUUAUUCGACGUAUGACGGAAGAUUUUGACGAAGAUUCUGGUGAUUACCCGCUUAUCCUCACCGGGACACAAUGGAAGAAAUUCCGUAACAACCUUCACUCAAUGCUUUACGUUUGGAUCGAUAAGUGCAAAUCAUCUCUAAUUUUUGAUCAACGCAUGAUGGAUAGUGUUAUACAGCUGUUGACCGGCUUAGCAGAUAGCCAAGUGCGAGCAUUCAGGCACACGGCUACAUUUGCAGCGAUGAAAAUCUCGUCAGCCUUGGUGGAUGUCACCCUGGAAUUGGUCGCAGUAAAGGAUCGUAAUGCUAAACAGUUGGAAGCAGAGAAAGCUCGCCUGAAGCAGAGCUCUGGCACAAAUGAGAAGCUGGACGUGCUUAUUCAGAAAAAGAACGAGAUAGAGGAACGAACUGAUGAUGUUCGCCAGAUGCUGCAGUACAUUUUCAAGAGCGUCUUCGUUCAUAGAUACAGAGACGUUCUUCCGGAUACUCGAUCCAUCUGCAUAACUGAGCUUGGCAAUUGGAUGCUAGUAUAUCCAGACCACUUUUUAGAGGACUCAUACCUCAAGUACAUUGGAUGGAGUCUGUACGACAAGGUGCCCGACGUCCGUCUGAAGUGCAUUUCCGCUCUGUUGCCACUAUAUGACAAACCUGAUGUCUUGAUGAAGCUGGAGUUGUUUACGAAUAAGUUCAAGGAUAGACUUGUUUCUAUGGUGCUCGACAAGGACAACGAAGUAGGAAUGAAGACAUGUCAACUUAUGACGAGCAUUUAUCGUACUUUCCCAUCCCUGCUUCAAUUGAAAGACUGUGUUCCGAUCUAUGAACUUGUGUACUCUAACCAUCGUGGACUUGCUGUUGCUGCUGGUGAAUUCCUUAAUACGAAGGUGUUCCAACAUUCUCAACGUGGAAGAGCUUCCAAUGUAUCGACAACAGGUCGGGGUGGAAUGGGUGACAAUGCAAAGCUCAUUCAAGAUCUCAUUCAAUUCUAUAUUGAAGGAGAAUGCCACGAACAUGCUACCUACCUGGUCGAUGCAUUGAUAGAUACUAAUCCAAUGAUUAAAGAUUGGCAGACUAUGGUGGACCUGUUACUGAGUGAUGAAGUGGAAUCAAGUGAAUCGCAGCUGAUUGAAGUAUUGGUGUGUUCUGUACGUCAGGCUGCCACGGGUGAUCUACCUGUUGGUAGAUCCAUCGUGAAACGAGGAGCUCCUUCUACGAAAGAAAGUCGCACUCUUGUGGAGGAUCGUACUAGACUAUCGGAGGUCCUCAUUCCUGCACUCCCAAGACUGUUACAGAAGUUCAUCGCAGAUCGUGACAAAGUUGCCAACUUGAUUACAUUGCCACUAAAUUUCCAAUUGGAUAUGUAUAUGGCUGGUCGAUUGGAGAAUCACCUUGCCGAACUCAUGCGCGUGAUCGAUAUGGUGGUAGAGAAGCAUGCUGAUGAAGAAAUGAUGAAUACAGUGGCUGAAAUGAUCACUUACUUCUCUACGAAUACCUCAGUUGCACAGCACACGGAAACUUACAGAUUGAAGAAGUGGGAUCUAUGGGACGUGGUAUUGCACGUGCUCAACAAUCAUGAUGACAAGGCACCGCGGGAUGUCAUUGACAAAUCGAUAUGGUUUCUCUUCAUGCAGUUGAACUGGGAUUUGGUCCGACUUGUGCGAGAUCAAGAACCAAAUAAGGCGGAGGCGGUGAAAAAACUGAAAAAGCGUCGCGAUCAGUUCUUGCACGAUGUGAAUGUGAUACUGAGCGAAGGCGCUUCUGGAGUUGAAUUGGCGUUCCAAUGCCUUAAUGAUUCACUCAUCAUGUUCAAUGAAGAGCUAAAGUCUCACGGAGCACAUCUUGAACCACUCAUUGUGCGACUCGACAACGUGAGUGUUCUUGAGUUUUGUUGUAGUAUUUUGAACGAGUCGGUUUCACACGUUCUAUGCGUCCACUCAUUAAAGAGAAACUGUAUGCUCUUUGUCACGUACUUAAAAAAUGGGUUAGGCUGCUGCAAGUGUGACAGUUCCUCGAGGGUGCGUAGAAAAGGGGCUGAAUGA